CAUUUAUAUAAAUACAUUUAUAUUAUAAACAUAUAAAAAAAUGGGUUCAGUAUCUGGUAAUAAAGAUUUAAAGGAAGUCGAUAGUGAAAUCUUUGAAUUAAUGCACAAAGAAAAACAAAGACAAUUCAAUGGCUUAGAAUUAAUUGCUUCAGAAAAUUUCACAUCAAAAGCUGUUAUGGAAGCUUUAGGUUCACAUUUCACAAAUAAAUAUGCUGAAGGUUAUCCAGGUUCAAGAUAUUAUGGUGGUUCAGAAGUUGUUGAUGAAUUAGAAAUUUUAUGUCAAAAGAGAGCUUUAGCAGCUUUUCAUUUAGAUUCAAGUAAAUGGGGUGUUAAUGUACAACCAUAUUCAGGUAGUCCAGCCAAUUUUGCAGUUUACACUGCUUUAUUAAAACCACACGACCGUAUUAUGGGUUUAGAUUUACCAUCAGGUGGCCAUCUUACCCACGGUUAUCAAACUGAUAAGAAGAAAGUAUCAGCUUCAUCAAUCUUUUUCGAAUCAAUGCCAUAUCAAAUUGGUGCUGAUGGUUUAAUCGAUUAUCAACGUUUAGAAGAAAACGCUCUUCUCUUCAAACCAAAAUUAAUUAUUUCUGGUGCCUCUGCUUAUCCACGUGAAUGGGAUUACAAGAAAAUGAGAAAGAUUGCUGACAGAGUUGGUGCUUAUUUAAUGUGUGAUAUGGCUCACUACAGUGGUUUAGUUGCUGCUCAACUUUUAGAUUCACCAUUCGAAUAUUGUGAUGUCGUCACCUCAACUACCCAUAAAACUCUUAGAGGUCCACGUUCAGGUAUCAUCUUUUUCCGUAAAGGUAAAAGAGUUGAUGGCAAUGGUAAAGAAAUUGAAGAAUACGAUUUAGAAAGUAAAAUUAAUUUCGCUGUUUUCCCAUCACUCCAAGGUGGUCCACACGAAAAUGUUAUUGCUGGUGUUGCUGUUGCUCUUAAAGAAGCUGCUACAGAUGAUUUCAAAGAAUAUGCUAAACAAGUUCAAAAGAAUGCCGCUGCUAUUGGUAAUGCUCUUAUGUCAAAGGGUUACAAAUUAGUUACUAACGGUACCGAUAACCAUUUAAUUCUUUGGGAUCUCCGUCCACAAGACCUCUCAGGUAGCAAGCUCGAAAAGGCCUGUGAUGUCGCUAACAUUACUGUCAAUAAAAAUGCCGUCCAUGGUGAUACUAAUGCCAUUGCCCCAGGUGGUGUUCGUAUUGGUUCACCAGCUCUUACUUCAAGAGGUUUAAAAGAAGCCGAUUUCGAAAAAAUUGCUGAAUUUUUAGACAGAAUCGUUAAAAUCUCACUUGAAAUCCAAUCACGUGUAGGUAAGAAAUUAGUUGAUUUUGUCGGUGAAAUUCACAAAUCAAAAGAACUUUUAGAUUUAAAACAAGAAGUCGAAAAAUUCUCAAGCCAAUUCACUUUACCAGGUAUUUAAAUAAUUUAUAAUAAUACUCAGUAAUAGUUUUUAAAUAUUUUAUUUAGAAUAAAUAAAAUAAUAAUUAAACAAUAAUAAUUAAUAUAAUAAUAAUAAUAAAAUAAUAGUUUUGUAAAUAAAUAAAAUUUAAAUUUUUUUUUUUAUAAUAUACAUUUAUUUAAUCUCAGUU